AUGUCGAACUCGGAGGGCUUCGAGAUGUCCCGUUUGGGUGUCAAAUCGGCACAGUUCAGCGUCAGUGAAAAUCGUGGACACAGUCGUUCUGGCUCAGAUGGAGGUUAUAACGGUGGGGUUUCAACAUCCAUGUCGAGUGGAAAGCGUUUGGAUAGAGGUUUCGGGUCACUGUCAAUUCUGUGUCUAUCAAUUACACUACUCUCGUCAUGGGAAUCAAUUGCAAAUGGAUUCGAAGCAGGCCUCCUUAACGGCGGCCCAGCGGGACUCGUCUGGGGAAUGGUAUUGUCAUUAAUCGGAACAACGUUUAUCAUGCUAUCACUAGCAGAAAUGAGCUCGAUGACACCGUUAGCCGGAGCUCAAUAUCACUGGACGGCCGUACUCGCCCCGCCACGGGUUCAAGCAUUCAGCACCUGGAUCCAAGGCUGGAUCACAGUCUUUGGAUGGCAAGCCUCAACAACUAGUAUCUGCUACUUGGUAGCCGCCCAGAUCCAAGGCAUGGUCCUCUUGAAUGACUCCGGCUAUAUUCCCAAGCAAUGGCAUGGCACAUUGAUCAUGUGGGCCAUCAUCUUCGGGUCCGGUCUAGUCAAUAUCUACGGCAUCAAAAUCAUGCCUGCGCUGCAGAUGAUGGGUGGAAUCCUACACAUUACUCUCUUCAUUGCCCUGGUCGUCCCGAUCAUCUUGCUCAGCCGUCGCAGUACUUCGCAGUUUGUGUUCACCGAGUUGUUCACGGCAGAGGGAGGAUGGGAGUCUCCAGGGAUUGCUUGGUGUCUGGGUAUGCUCACGGUUACCUACUGCUUCCUUGGCUUUGACGGUGCCAUCCAUAUGAGUGAAGAGGUGCGGAAUCCAGCUGUUGUUAUUCCCCGAGUCCUAGUCCAGACCAUCGCUAUCAAUGGCGUGCUGGCGUUUGUCUUCCUUCUCGUCAUUCUCUUCUGCAUCGGCAGCGUUCAGGAGGCAUUAAGCCCUGCUUAUAUGUUCCCCAUUAUCGGAAUUUUCAAACAAUCCACCAACUCUGUCGGGGCAGCUACUGCCAUGCAAACUGCCAUCACUGGAAUUGGCAUGGUUUCCAAUGUUGGCGUUGUUGCUUCCGUUUCACGACUGACUUGGGCGUUUGCUCGUGAUGGCGGCCUUCCUUUUUCUGCAUACUUUUCUCAUGUCGAUCGCCAACAUCGUGUCCCAAAACGGGCCAUUCUCCUCGUCUGUGCCGCAGUGGUCAUCCUUUCAGUCAUUAAUGUUGCCUCCGAAACCGCUCUCAGCGCUAUUCUCGCUCUUUCCACCAGCAGUCUUUACGUUUCCUAUCUCAUUCCCAUCGUCAUGAUGAUCAUCCGACGACUCGAUACCAGCCGAGGCCCGAUCCCAUUCGGCCCCUGGAAUCUCGGUCGCUUCGGUAUGGCAAUCAACGUCUUCUCUCUCACUUUCGGUGUCUUUGUGUGCAUCUUCGUUCCUUUCCCGACACAGCUUCCAGUUACAGCGGCCAACAUGAACUGGUCCGGGCCCGUCUUUAUUGGAGUUUGUCUGUUACUCGUUAUAGAUUGGACUUUCCGGGCUAGACACAAGUUUAUUGGGCCGACGAAGGAUCUCUUGCAUAGCAAGAGCAAGGCCUGUGCUUCUUGA